AUGCAGGCAGUCAAGAUGGCACGUUGGGUCUACCACGGUCUCCUAGGCGCAUUUUCUUAUCCUUGCUGCUGCACGUGUCUCAUCAGUAGCCCUUUGCUCUCCAUCCUCUCCUCAUGUUCUUCCAGGCCUGGCGGCUUGAAUCACAGUUCCAGUGUCAGCAGCUCGGACGGCACCCUCGGCCUUCCCAGGCCCGCUCAUUUGCAGCACAGCUCCUCUACGGUCAGCAGCUCAGAUGGAACUCUGGGUCUACCAAGGUUACUUGGUCUGAAUCACAGCACCUCCAAUGUGAGCAACGCGAGUUGCAGGGCGGCGAUGAACCGCAGCGCAUCAAUGGGCAGCGAGAAAGGAGAUGCUACAAGUGCUUUCCUUCGGAGGCAGUUUGCCAGGCGCAGCGGCUCAAAUUGCAGCACAGGUAGUGUUGGUGGAGGCGGCCUUGGUGCAUUGCAAAGGCGACUGGGGCUGGGCAUGGGCUCUUCGAGUGGCCAUGUGACCAACGAGGAGGGUCUCAGGCCACUGGGUUUAUACCGUGGCACAUCCAAUGCCAGCAGUGUGGUCGAAUCGGAGGGCAUGAGGAAGAUUGCCUUCAACCGGAGCUGCUCGAACUUCAGCAACUUUAGCUGUACGUCCUUCGCUGACUUCAAUCAGAAGCAUGGGCUUGGUGGUGUGGCGACACCAUCCUUCCUCCAAUUCCUUGCCACGGUGCACGAUGCAGGAAUCAAGGCAUGCCGAGGCAACCGCCCACGGAAAUUACAGAGCAUCCAGGAGAGAGAGCAGCUGGAUGAAGCCUUCAGCAAUAUUCAUGAAGUUGAUGACAUGGAUGGAUUUGACCGCAUGUCGUACCACUCAUCGCAAGAGAUGGGCAAGGCGUCUGUGUUUGAGAUGAUCACAGCGUCUGGAUCUGUUACUUUGUCCACUCGGUGCUUGAAGACCCAAGCCGCCUGGCAACGCUCACUUAUCGAGCAGCAGAGGUGCUUGCUGGGCCUUGUGUCGCGGAAGCUCCACCAAGCAGAGGAAAAGACUCGUGUGGAUAUUGCUGUCAGUGAGGACCAGCGUGAGCUGCUACGGAACUUUCGCAAGAUAGUUACGCGGGACAUGGAGGGUGAGGAAGCUGACCUUCAAGGGCGGAAAAUCAGCAUCAUCGUCGUGGAGACUUCUCCAACAAUUCGAGCAGAGGUGGCACAAUUGUGUCAGUUGCUGGAGUAUCAGUGCACCACUUUUGGCAGCUUGAAAGCUGCAGCUGCAGCCAUCAGCAACAUCAUGGAGAGUGCUGGCAAGAAAUCGGCGGAAUCUCCAACGUUCCUGGUGUUGUUGGGAACUGCUUGGCUGGACCGCGACCUUCCUGUGCAGUUCAAGCAGGAGCCUGUGUAUGUGACCCUAGCAAGUCGCACAGAGGAGCUGGAAAUGGUUGGAAGUGAGCUCUGUGCCUCCAGUGACGACCAAAUUCGGCUUCUCCUGAAGGACAGAGGCAUCCGGGAGUAUUUGCUGCAUCCAUUGUCGCUGGAAGACCUGCGACGCACAGCAGAAGCCGCCUUGCAGCGGCGAUGGGCCGAGGAGUUCCUGGUCUGCGAGACUCUUGGCCGGGGGUCAUCUGGAGUGGUGCACAGGGUGAAGCGCCUUCGCGAUGGUCGAAUCUUCGCCAUGAAGGAGGUGCCGACACGCCUGCUUCGCGAGAAGGAUCGUCAAAGCUUGCUGCAAGAGGUGGCGCUCAUGCAGAAGAUGUCUUGGCCUACAAUCGUUUCCUUAACGAGCGCUUGGGAGAACAGGCAGCAGCGCCUGCACUACAUGGUAAUGCCCUUCAUGGAGGGUGGUUCUUUGAAGAGCCGUAUCUCUUCAGCCCUUGUGGGUGAUGCAGAAGGUGCUGACCCUCUGACACGAAGCACCUCCAGCUUUAGCAUACGCGAGAAGCACUUGGGAGCUUGGUAUCUUCAAUGCCUCCAUGGCGUGGCAUACCUGCAUAUGCAGGGAGUGCUGCACAGAGACAUCAAGCCAGACAACUUGCUUUUGGGGCAAGGUGGUGUGUGUCUUCAGCUUGGCGAUUUUGGCAGUGCAAUGCGGUUGCCUGGAAAGGGCCCGCAUCCCCAGAAGGAUGCAUACGUGGAGGCGCCCAUCACGACUCCUCUUUAUUCUGCCCCUGAGGUGGCAAAGUCCCAGCGCACCUCGGCAGCUUCCGACAUGUGGUCGGUGGGCGCCACAUUCUACGAGGCCAUUACCUUGCAAACGUUGGCUCCUCCCCGCUUCGCUGGGCCACAGGAACUUGGCUCCUGGCUUGCAAGCUUGGCCGACUCUUUGUCUGUGCAGAGCAUCAGCACAGUGGCAACAGGCAACGCAUCGCCUUCCAGUUCGUCGCCCGCAGCUCCAUCAUAUGACCUUCGCAAAGCCUUGGAGGCACUCGAGCUCACCGCAGGAAUUGCGACCGACUACGACUUCCGAGAGCAAGGCAAGCUGGAGGAGAUUCUUUGCGUGCCUUUCGAACAACGACCGUGCGCUGCCGCAAUUCUAGCAGACAGAGAGAACUUGUCCGUGCUGCGAUCCUCAUUGGUGUUGUCAAAGUCAACCAGCCAUGACGCACAGACUCACUUCAAGGAGACGAACAGAAUGUUGAGAAAGUCUUUGGCUGCUCAAGGGGGUUCAACUUCCUUGGUUCAGCAGCUGUGA